ACAAAUGACACGUAUUCAAAAUGGCGGCCGCGGCUGUGGAGACGUGGUGGGCCUUGCUCCUCUUGUCCUUGUUUCCUGGGAUGUUGCCCUUCUAUGUUCCUGGAGUUGCUCCCCGGGACUUCCUUGAAGGCGACGUUGUAGAUAUUAAGGCUGUGAAGAUGACCAGCUCCCGCACUCAACUUCCUUAUGAAUACUACUCCCUACCAUAUUGCAAGCCUGCAUCUGUUGUUUACAAGGGCGAGAAUCUUGGUGAGGUGUUGCGCGGCGACCGUAUUGUCAACACGCCCUACAACGUGGCAAUGAACAAGGACAAGAAGUGUGAGGUGGUGUGCGACAAGAAGAAGCUGAGCAAAAAGGAGAGCAAGUUGUUUGCAGAGAGGAUACAUGAGGAGUAUUACGUUCACCUGAUCGCAGACAACCUGCCUGUGGCCACCCGGCUGGAGUUGUACCUCAACAGGGAGGCAGGAGCCGAAGAGGAGCUGAGGAAGGACAUGGUGAAAGACAUCCAGUUUGAACACGGCUACAGGCUGGGCUUUGUCGACAACAGCAAGGUUUACCUGCACAACCACCUCUCCUUCAUCCUGUACUUCCACAGGGAGAAGCUGGAGGAGGAGGAGCAGCACAACUACAGAGUGGUGCGAUUUGAGGUCAUACCCCAAAGUGUAAAAGUAGAAGACCUGAAGGCUGUAGAAAAGGACAAGACCUGCUCCCUGCCGGAGGCCAGCGGCUCUGCGCCGCAGGAGAUCGACCCCACCAAGGAGAACGAGGUCCUCUUCACCUACUCGGUGCACUGGGAGGAGAGCGAGGUGAAAUGGGCUUCUCGAUGGGACACCUACCUGACCAUGAGCGACGUGCAGAUUCACUGGUUCUCCAUUGUCAACUCUGUGGUGGUGGUCUUCUUCCUCUCAGGCAUCCUCAGUAUGAUCAUCAUCAGAACCUUGAGGAAGGACAUUGCUAAUUACAACAGAGAAGACGAUAUUGAGGACACAAUGGAGGAGUCGGGAUGGAAGAAUGUCCACGGUGAUGUCUUCAGGCCGCCUCAGUACCCCAUGAUUCUAAGCUCACUGCUGGGGUCGGGGAUCCAGCUGUUUUGCAUGAUCCUUAUUGUCAUAUUUGUUGCUAUGUUGGGCAUGUUGUCUCCUUCCAGUAGAGGAGCCCUGAUGACCACUGCUUGCUUCCUUUUCAUGUUUAUGGGUGUGUUUGGAGGCUACUUUGCGGGGAGACUGUACCGCACACUGAAAGGCCACCGCUGGAAGAAAGGAGCGUUUUGUACUGCAACUUUGUAUCCCGCUGUGUUUUUUGGAAUCUGUUUCAUCCUCAACUGCUUCAUCUGGGGCGAGCACUCCUCUGGGGCGGUGCCCUUCACCACUAUGCUGGCUCUGCUGUGCAUGUGGUUUGGUAUCUCCAUGCCCUUGGUCUACCUGGGCUACUACUUUGGCUUCCGCAAGCAGCCGUACGACAACCCCGUGCGCACCAACCAGAUCCCUCGGCAGGUCCCGGAGCAGCGCUGGUACAUGAACAAGUUUGUCGGGAUCCUGAUGGCCGGGAUCCUCCCAUUUGGUGCCAUGUUCAUUGAGCUCUUCUUCAUUUUUAGCGCCAUCUGGGAGAAUCAGUUCUAUUACCUCUUUGGCUUCCUCUUUCUGGUCUUCAUCAUCUUGGUGGUCUCCUGCUCUCAGAUCAGCAUCGUCAUGGUCUACUUCCAGCUGUGUGCUGAGGACUACCGAUGGUGGUGGAGAACCUUCCUGGUUUCAGGAGGGUCAGCCUUCUAUGUCCUGGUGUACGCCGUCUUCUACUUUGCCAAUAAGCUGGACAUCGUGGAGUUCAUCCCCUCGCUCUUGUACUUUGGCUACACCGCCUUGAUGGUUCUGUCCUUCUGGCUGCUGACGGGCACCAUCGGCUUCUACGCCGCCUACAUGUUCAUCAGGAAGAUCUACGCCGCCGUCAAGAUCGACUGAGUCCGCGGCUCCUCCUCUUUUUUUCCCCUCGUCACAUUCUCUUUUUGUUUGAACUUUUAUAUAUAAAUAUUUUUAUUGCCCAACAAGCACUGACUUGUGUUGAGCUGUUUUUUUUUUUUUUUUAUGCAGUACAACGUCCUCACCCAGAGGUGGUAUUGUGUAGGGCAGCGAGACUUUUUUCCUCUGUUUGGACGCUUCCUCUCAAGGGACAGUUUGCGUCUUCAGCCGGGUCACCUAGCAACCAACACAAUGAGUUUUCUGCACACUUGUUUGUCCUUUGGAGCCUAAUUUAUCAAUGUUUUCAGUUCUGUCUCCCAAUGAAAUGUUUCCCUCCUCCUCCACCCGAGAGACAAACUGUCUUACGUUGGACUGAUCAUGCUGGGAGAUUCUACAGAAUGGAUACAUUAAACGCGCUCUUGUUUUUUUAA